AUGUGUGAUCACCGCAGGCUUGUUUCUCUGAUUGAGUCGUGUAGAGAUUUCUCCACAGCUGUUCGGAUCGAAGCGCGCAUCGACUACCGAGACAACGACGUGUUGGUUCUCAACAAGCUGAUAGAACUGUUUGGAAACUUUGGACGGAUUGACAAGGCUCGAGAGAUUUUUGACAGGAUCGGGCCAAGCAAGGACAGCUUCUCGUGGGUGUUUAUGCUAUCAGCCUAUGCGCACAAUGGCUACAUUGACGAUGCGGAGGGGAUAUUCAUUGCGAUGCCCGGGAAGAACUUGUUUGCGUGGACUGCCAUGCUCGCAGCAUAUGCCCAGAAUGGGCAACUGCAGCAGGCCGAGAUUCUGUUCGCUCGAAUGCCACUCUGGAAUAUCGUGACGUGGAAUUCCAUGCUGGCGGCGUACACGCAAGAGGGCCACAUCCACGUGGCACGUUGCUUGUUUGAUUAUUUGCCCGAGCGCAAUGUCAUAUCGUGGACUGUGCUUCUUACGGCAUAUGCUCAAAGAGGGGAUUUGCUGCUCGCAAGAGGUUUGUUCGAGGAUAUGCCGCAGAGGAAUUUGUUUGCGUGGACUGCCAUGCUGUCGGCAUAUGCCCAAGAAUCUAAUCUAGAAGAGGCAAAGUUUAUGUUUGAUAGAGUUCCAGAGCACAACGUUGUGACGCAAAACGCAAUGCUGACGACAUAUGCCCAGAACGGGUAUUUGCAAGAAGCGAAGAAGAUGUUUGAUGACAUGGCGGAGCGCGACGUCGUGACGUGGAACUCGCUGCUGACGGGAUUUGUCCAAGCUGGCAAGACUGAGGUGGCACGGCGUUUGUUUGAAGACAUGCCAAUGCGGAAUCUAAUGUCGUGUAACACCAUGUCCUCGGCAUAUGCCCAGAAAGGGAAUCUGGAAGAUGCCAAGCAUAUUAUUAGGACGUCUCCUUUUCUCAAUCUGGUCACGUGUAAUAUUCUCCUGUCGGGAAGUUCCCAGAAAGGGAAUCUUGCAGAUGCCAGGAGCAUGUUUAACAAAAUGCCCGAGAAGAGCAUGGUGACGUGGAAUGCUAUGCUUGUAGCAUAUGCCCAGAACGGGCACCUGGAAGAGGCCAAGUCAGCAUUUGACGCGAUGCCGGAACGUGACAGCGUGUCAUGGAACGCCUUGCUGGCGGCUUACUCGCUCCACGGCUAUGCUGAGCUGGCGGAGCGGCUUUUCCAGGACAUGAUGACGUGGGAGCCUGACGUGGUGGCGUGGAACACGAUGCUGGGCGUAUAUGCCCAAUGCGGGCAAUUGGAGAGAGUGGAGCCCUUGUUCUAUCAAAUGCCGCAGAGGAACAUCGUCUCCUGGAACGCGAUGCUGGGGGCGAUCGCACAGGGGAAACAUCGCGAUCGCGUCACUGGAUUCUUCUUCCGGAUGCCAGAGCGCGACACAAUCUCGUGGUCGACGCUGCUAUCGGCGUAUUCUUCCAUGGGCGAGCACUCCUGCGCAAUCAAAGCCUUCGAUUCGAUGAAGAGCAGCGAAGAUCCGGACGCCGCGAGCUUCGUGUCGAUCCUGGCGUGCUGCAGCUAUGUCGGGAGGACGAUUGGCCGCCGCUGUUUCGCUUGCAUGGUCACGGAUUUCCAGAUCGCGCCCCAGAGGCAGCACUACUGCUGCAUUGUCGAUCUUCUAGCGCGGGCGGGAUUCUUGGAGGAAGCGGAGGAGCUUGUGACGAACAUGCCCUUUGUUCCACACGUCCUGGAGUACGUAUGCUUGAUCGGAGCCUCGAGAAACCACAGGGAUCUGGUGUGUGGCAGUGGCGCCACGAAAUCCGUGCUAGAUCUAAGCCUGGGGCCGAGAGAUUCUGCGGCAUUCAUCCUCCUCGCUAACAUGUAUAGCCUCAAGAACCCUAAAUCUCUACAAGCAGCUUAA